CUGGCUCUUAACCUUCAAUUUCUCCCGCUCCUCCACUACUUCUGUACUCAUACAAUGGACGGCCCAGUCGUAUCUUUCAAGAAGCGUGCUCCGAAGGGCGUCGUGCGGAAAGCUGCCCCGCCACCACCGUCAGGUUCAGAGUCCUCGUCAGGCUCAGAAUCAGAAGGUGAGAAUGGCCGCCUGGUCAAGAGGAGGAAGACUCACGGCAAUGUCCUGAAGGCAUCUACGGCAGAUCAAAAGUCGGCGUCAACCUUCGAAGGCACUACACAGUACGAUGCAGACCGCUCCGCGAAGAUCGAAGCGAGCAACGACGCCACCAAGCAAUCCAACUGGUACGAUGAAGAUGCCAAAGAUGCACUGAGCGCGAAGAACCUACUCGGAACCACACGAUCAAAGCCGGAAUCCUUCAUACAAAAGAGUGCCAAUGCCCCGAAUCGACAGGUCGGCCCUAUGAAAGCUCCCACAAAUAUUCGAACAAUCACAAUAACGGACUAUGCACCGGAUGUGUGUAAGGACUACAAACAGACGGGCUUCUGCGGAUACGGCGACGGCUGUAAAUUCUUGCAUGCCCGCGAAGACUAUGCAGCAGGGUGGAAGUUAGACAGAGAUUGGGAAAUAUCCGGCAAAGGCCAGAAGCCUGGCGGAACAAUUGUCGCGUCUGCAAAACGGGCAACGGAAGAAAAAGACGAGGAAGGCUUUGACAUCGACCUACUAGAGAAGAUUCCUUUUGCUUGCAUUAUAUGCAAGAAACCUUACAAGACUCCGGUUAUCACAAAGUGUGGGCAUUACUUCUGCGAAGCCUGUGCUUUGAAGCGGUACCGAAAAGACCCUACUUGCGCGGCUUGUUCGGCAAACACUAAUGGCAUCUUCAACAAUGCAAGAAAUCUCCAGAAACUGUUAGAUAGGAAACAGAGGUGGGAGGAUAAGAAGCAAAAUGCCAAAGAAGAAGCCGGCGAAAAUGACGAAGCGCCGAAUUAGAUUGGCUUG